CCAACUUAUUCCAACUUUAAUUAAAGGUAACCUUGCAUCGAUAAGCUUUGAGGGUUGAACUCAGCUCCAACAGUCUCUUCUCGGCCAUCUCCACACCUCCAGCGACCCGGAAGGCAAGCAGUUCCUCGGGUUAACAGCAAAGCUUGAAACGGUCGAUAUGGAUACCAACACGGGCAACGCUGCACCGCCCCUUCGCCGUUCACAGCGCUUUGCAAAACGGGUUGAAAGUAACAAGCCAGUCGCAGCGUCGCAGGAUUGGCAGCAUGAACAACCUCCGUCAUCAGUUCAGGAGCGGCCUACCUGUUACUUUCUGGCCCCACAAAAUAUUACGCUUGAGCCUGCUGCUUUGGGCGAACCUGAAGGUUUUGCAGAUGCAAACUUGCAGUGCGGGUUGUGGUCUCUGCUGCCGGAUGAGCUCGUCGAGAACAUCCUGAACCUGUGCACGACUCACCAGCUCGGCAUGCUCGAAACGACCUGCACAUAUUUUCGACGCUCUAGCUUCAUCGACCGUAUCGCCAAGCAGCGGCUGAAAGCAGUGCCACGUGCUCGGGGCUUGAAGCCUAAUCGCAAGGAAGGCGAGCACACGCUGUCUCUGCUUCACUUCGUAAAUAGUCAAAGUGUUGCAGCGGCGCAGGCGACCGCAGUUUCCUGCGGUGCCUACCACACCGCUGCACUACUGGUACCAGCGGAAAUUGCAGACGACCCCAAUACAAGCGCAAGCCGCGACUGCAAGCACUCCCUGUUUACCUUCGGGCGAGGUUUUCACGGGCAGUUGGGUAUUGGCACCCACGAAAGCACUUCUUUCCCAAGGCUCGCUUCGCUUGGAUUCAGGGUCUGCUCGGACAAUCCGGAUAUGGAAGAGGAGACCAUGCCUGCUGUUGUGGCAUGCGGGAGCAGUCACACGGCCUCGAUCAGCCGGAGAGGAGAGCUCUUUAUGUGGGGCCUGGGCAGCAGCGGCGAGCUUGGACUUGGCCAGUGGUCCCCGCUUGAGCUGCCUGUGCCUCGGCAAUGCCUGGUCCAGACGCGCAUUGUGUCGAUUGCAGCAGGUGCUCACCAUACGCUGGCCAUCGCUGAGACCGGGGCACUCUGGAGUUGUGGACGCGGGAGGCAUGGCCAGCUAGGCCUAGGUGGCGUUGUCGACAGUCCGCGCCUCACACGUAUCCCAACCCUCGAGUACGUAUGCAUCUUGGUGACGGCUAUCGCUGCCGGUGCCUACCAUUCCAUGGCGCUCACGGUCGGUGGCGCACUGCUGGCGUUUGGCCGCAACGAUCAUGGAGCCUUGGGUACUGGCGAUUGUGUGGAUCGGUGGACGCCAACUCGCGUGGACCUGAACGGAGAGGACCCAGAAGACGGUAAAUGCAGGCGCGCCGUCCAAGUUUCAUGCGGCGCAUCGCACACCCUGGUGCUUGUUCUAAACAAUGGGCGCAUGGAGGUUCGUACAACAGGUAUGUAG